GCGAGAGUAAACAAAAAGAAAGUGGGAGAGCGAGUGAGUGGUGGGCUUCUCGUCGAGGGCCAAACAAAGUUAGCGGAACAAAUCAACGUAUACUUCAUUUAGUUUGGAAUUACAUUUUAACACUGACGGUCGAGCUCUCGUGGAGCAGCCACAGGCAGCGGAGUAGCAGCAAACAAGUGCAAUUCGGAAAAAGCGUUUACCUUUUUUUUUAAUUUAUUUUAUUCAUAAACGGCGAUAAGUUCGGAUUUCAUACAGAGAUUAGAUUGCUUUCUCGAAACACCAGAAGAAAACAAAUCGGAACGAUAGUGCAAUCAAGUGAUACGUUUGUAAUAUUCGUAGAUCGGCUCUCUCCCGCUGAGUAAUCGUCCUUCUCCAAGAUCAGCCAACCGCCGAUAAAUCCGAGAAAUCCUUCCCGUCCGGAACGAUCCCAUUCGACGUCUUCCAAAAUUUUAUCCCAACCGGGAAGGUGACGUCGCCCGCAUCAAUUCACCCUUCCAGCACUAAGUGACGAACCUGUUUGAAGCACGAACAUACCCCAAAACACAAUCACCAUGGGCAGAGUAUCGCGAUGUUUGGUCGCGACAUUCAUGCUUUUCUUCACAGUAUUAAAGAAUGUCGACUGUGAUGCUCCCCUUGUAGAUUCGGCCCAACUGCCCUUGGAGCACAGAGCCGUCUAUGGUCCGCCAGCACCAUCACCAGUAUACGGAACGCCUGGUUUGUUGAGUGGCGGCGGCGGUGGUAGCAGCAGUAGUAGCAGCAGUAGCGGUGGAGACGACCCAUGGCCCCUGUCGGGCUCGAACGAUAGCCCUCAGAUCAAGCACCUGCAGGUGCAGUGCGAAAAGACGCACAUGCGCGUCAACAUCGAAUUCGACCGACCCUUCUACGGAAUGAUUUUCUCGAAGGGAUUCUACAGCGAUCCGCACUGUGUACAUCUGAAGCCCGGAACCGGACAUCUGAGCGCCACCUUCGAAAUCUUCCUAAAUAGCUGUGGUAUGAGCAGCUCGGCCAACCAUAACGCGGCCAACUUUGGUGCCCCAACACCAUCCGGCAGCUAUGUGGAAAACACAAUUAUCAUCCAAUACGACCCAUACGUGCAAGAAGUUUGGGAUCAGGCCCGCAAGCUGCGCUGCACCUGGUACGACUUCUACGAGAAGGCCGUUACGUUCCGUCCAUUCCAAGUUGAUAUGCUUCAUGCUGUGACGGCGAACUUCCUUGGCGAUAACCUUCAGUGCUGGAUGCAGAUUCAGGUCGGAAAGGGACCAUGGGCUUCCGAAGUGUCCGGUAUUGUGAAGAUCGGUCAAACAAUGACCAUGGUGUUGGCCAUCAAGGACGACGAGAACAAAUUCGACAUGCUGGUCCGCAACUGCGUAGCCCACGACGGAAAGCGUGCCCCAAUUCAGCUGGUCGAUCAGCACGGCUGCGUUGUGCGGCCGAAAAUCAUGAGCAAAUUCCAGAAGAUCAAGAACUUCGGUCCAUCAGCUUCUGUGGUGUCCUUCGCCUACUUCCAAGCGUUCAAAUUCCCCGAUUCGAUGAAUGUGCACUUCCAAUGUGUCAUUCAGGUUUGCCGAUACAACUGCCCGGAACCCAAGUGCGGAGGAGGGGACUAUGGACUUCCCGCUCUGACUGGUAAUGGAAUUUCUGGAGAAUAUGGAUCCCCUGGUGCCCUUAGCGGAGAAUAUGGACCCCCAGCUCUGCCAGAGUACGGAGUUCCGCCAGCCUAUCCAGAUCCACGCCAUCCAUCGGAUGCCUCGGGAGCAUACUCAGAGAACCAGGACAAUGUAGUACCACCCCCACAAGCACAGACCUCCGCCAACUCAGCUGAAAACAAAGACGGAUCCGCUCAGUCGGAUGCCCCACAGCUAAACCAAAGUCAAAAUCAAAUCCAAAAUGAAAUCCACGAUAGCAUUAACUUGCCUCCACCACCACCACCAGGCCAGUCGGGAUACGUGACGGUCACUAAGAGGAAGGACGAAAUGGUCAACGAUGGUAACCUGGUCAGCUUAGGUGGUCGCCCACGUUCAGUUGAAGGUCUCGAGGACUUACGUGGAGCUCGGCGACGACGUGACACUAUGACGGUCGUUGUUAAGCCACGUAUCUACAAACGUGACGCUCAGGAAAUGACCGAUGUCAACACUGAACGUAUAAUCCAGGUUGUCGCCCCAGGGGACGUCAACUUUGCCUUGAAUAAUGCCGCCAGCAACGAAACCGUGGUAAUCCAAUCCCAGCGCACCGUAGACCCGGAGACCAUCUGUAUGUCGGUGCCCAGCUUCGUUGGCGGACUGGUCAUGCUGCUGUUAGUGCUAGCCGUCGCUUCAUUAGUAGCAGCGUUCCUGUUCGUGCGAGUGAGACAUUUCGACCGUAAAGCUAACCAUAUGCCAUUGUCCAGCAGCUCACAUGUGUUCCUGGUGCAGCAGUAGAAACCCCACGAUUCUCUCUCCGCCGCCACAACCAGUAAUCAGCGUUAAUGUUUUGGGAGCUUCGCUUUUGGUUUCGUUGGUCAAAUGGUUUAUGUUUUGUUAAAUGCUUUUGUUUUAUUUUUCGGCUAGGUACACAGUGGCAUUCCAUAAACACUAGCCUUAACAGAAUCGGUUAGGAGUUCAAUUACUAUGGUGGAGAGUUCAACGGUUUGUGACAACAUUGUCCAAGAACAUUUCACCGUGCGACUGCAAGAUGACACUAGAAGGAAAGUAACGCCAAAGUUCUCUAACGUACCUUAUUUUAAGCUAGUGACAUCUGUAUUUGAACGGUCGAAUCGUUUUCAGCGGACUUAGCUCAUUGAAUUGAUGCAAAUAACUUUCCUAACGAAUAACUUUCAUUUCUCCGUAACUCUACCUACGAGAUAAGGGUAUCUCCUUGUAGCAUAACUAACAGUUCAACAUAGAAAAUCUCUCUAAAAACAAACAAAAAGAAACCGAGCCUUGUAACUCAACUUAUCCAUCUCAUACUAACAUAUUUAUGUUUGCACAUAAUUUAUUUCGAGUUCAUCAUCUUUUCUCACUAAACCUUCAAAUGUUGAAAAUUUGAUCCUUUUUUCCUGACUCCAUCCAUAGAAACAAUGAAGAUGAGAGAGAGAGAGAGAGAGAGAUAAAACUAAAACCUGUAGAAUUAAAAUUAGAAAUGAAUGAUUUUCAAAUCCGUCACUACGUUGUAGUUUUUUGUGUAGCUUAUAUCUUGAUCCGGUCGGUAGUCGUCGCUGGCUAUUGCUGGAUCUGUUACGAGUAUCUUUGAAUCUAAAGAACAUUUAUUUAUUUGCUUAACGUAUAUCUUCUAUAUCCCAGUUAGUGUAUAUGUUUCUCUGUCACGCACUGUUAACCAAAUCACAAUUGUGCACCCUUCUGUUUCUAUCAAUAUCGGCAUAAAAUUAUUCAGUAAAAACAGAAGCAAAACCUGUCCAAUAUAUCUAUGCUCGAACGUAGGCGCCAACUAGUCUAGUCGCCAGAUUUUCCCAGCUUUUUUGUCCCUCAGCAACCAAAUCACACCGAUGUGAAGCACAGACAAAAAAAAACUCUUCGAAAUAUUGCAAUAUGUUGUUAGUCGUGAGUGUUAUCCAGCACCCGCGUAUCAUCAUGAAUCGUAAUCCAAACCUAUCAGCGUAGGACCAGUAUUUACAUUUACAACGCAUUUUGGAACCAGCCGUUAACGCAAAAAAUCUGUUACGACAAAACUGGCGCACGUGCAAAAUUUGCCUCUUUUAUAAAAAGUUGUAAAGAAGCCCGAGAAGAGAAGCAGAAAUGUAACAGUAACGGUAAACGUUAGGGAAUUUAAGUUAAACUAGGGAUAACGUGAAUGGAAUAUAUGCGAAAUGUGAAAAUAACAGCGAAACGAAAUAUAGCUAAUUAGAGAACAUGUUGAUAAGACAGCGAGUAAAAUGAGAAACAAAUAAUUUUGUAAAUAUUUAUUUAAUGUGCUAGUUAACUAAUAAAGAAUAAUUAAUUAAA